CAGGUUUUACCGCUCAAAACCCAAAGAAUACAUGCAGUAAACGUGUUUGGUUGUGCGUAGGAAUACCUCUCUACCAUGGCAAACGAUCGCGAAAUAUUGCGUGAAAUUUGGGAGGGAAAAAUUCCAGUACACUUUAAGCUAUCGCCAGACGAAACCGAUGUCGAGCCGGAAGAGUAUUUUCUGCUCAUACCGCGCUUGAGCUACUUUCCGCUCGUUACUGAUAAAGUACGGAAACAUUUUCUUCGAUUCGUAUCGAACGAGCUGCAAGAUGGAGAAAUGUGGAUGGACAGCAACGGGACACCAUUGAAGUGGCACUUCCCUAUAGGUGUUCUGUACGAUUUGCUCGUCGGUACUGAUGGGACAUUACCAUGGCACGUAACAGUACACUUUUCCAAAUUCCCAGACGAUAUUCUUAUUCGUUGUCCAAACAAAGAAGUUGUUGAAGCGCACUUUAUGUCUAGUCUCAAAGAAGCCGAUGUACUGAAGCAUCGCGGUCAAGUGGUUUCCGCAAUGCAAAAGAAAGAUCACAAUCAACUAUGGUUAGGAUUAGUUAACGAUAAAUUUGACCAGUUCUGGGCUGUCAAUAGACGGCUGAUGGAACCUAUUCCCGAUCAGGACGGCUUUAAACACAUUCCAGUUCGGUGUUAUGCCGAGGAUGGUACGUACCAGCAAAAACUAGUCGCACCCAGCACUCCAUCCGGUCAGAAGCGUCUUUUGCAGGAUUUGUUGGACGAUUUCUCAGCACCUGUUAGGAAGGCAGGUAAGUCAGUCGAGGCAAGAACCCAUGGCGUUACGGUCCCGGAAUCGACUCCACUCCAGUGGCUCUCGGAACACCUCAGCUAUCCGGACAACUUUCUGCAUCUCUGUCUGUCCUACGCCUAAAGGGUGGGUGUAAGGGCGUACCAAAAAAAAAACCCGUGAUCAACCCCCGUCGUCAUACUGUCGCUUGCCGCAUCAUCGUUCUACCCCUCUUAACCUGCUAUCCGUCUUCUCCCCCAUCUGCCUCUAUCGGUUUUUGCCUGGCGCCGCGUACUGGGCUACUACACGCUCAACCUGAGAAAAGGGGGUAACGGCUCGAAAUGAUCACCGUUCAUCAUUCCGGUGGUGUUCACUCCAGGAUCGG